AUGAGCCCCCUUUGCACCAACUGCAGCAGCAGCAGCAGCAGCAGCAGCAGCGGAGCCGACCUGGCUUUUGCCAGCAUGUACUCGGCCCUCUUCCUGGUGGGCCUCCCGCUGAACGUGGCCGCCCUGUGCAUCUUCUUCUCCGGCGGGGCAGGCAGAUCCGCCACCAUCCUCUACAUGAAGAACCUGGCCGCCUGUGACCUGCUGCUGCUGGCCUCGCUCCCCCUGAGGGCCUAUUACUACAGCAGGCGGCCUCCGCUGCCAGACAAGGUCUGCGAGGUGACGGGGCUGCUGCUGCUGGUCAACAUGUACGGCAGCAUCUUCCUGCUGACCUGCAUCAGCUGGGACCGCUGCCUGGCCAUCUGCUUCCCGCUCAGCCGCCGGGCCCAGGCGCUGCGCCAGCACGCCAAGCUCAUCUGUGUCGGGGCGUGGGCCCUGAGCGUCGCGGGCACGAUCCCCUCCUACUUUGUGGUCAGGGGGAAGGGCCUGGGGGCCAACAGCACCCGGGGCGGGGCCAGCGGCGGGAGGCGCUGCUUCGACAGCCGGCCCCUCUACAUCACGGCCCCGGGGGUCUCCAGUGCCAUGGUGCUGUGCUUUGCCCUCCCACUGGCCAUCAUGGUGAUCUGCUCGUGCAGCCUGCUGCGGGCCGUGCACAGAAGCACCGCGGCCCACAUGGAGCUGGUCAGCGGGGCCAAGAUCCGGCAAAUGGUGGUGACCAACAUUGCCAUCUUCCUGCUCUGCUUCUUACCCUACCAUGUGGCUGUGCUUUGCUACCAGGUGCAAGCGCUGAAGGAAGGCCUGGCCUUGGUGUACCAGUCUGCCCUGCUCCUGGCCUGUGCCAAUGCGGCCCUGGACCCGCUGGCCUACUAUUUCACCACGGAGACCUUUCGGCACUUGGUGACCAGGGAGCACUUCCUGCGGGGCUGGGGCUCUCACAGCCACGCGGCUGGAGGGGCGGAGCUGCUCUCCCUGCCCAUGGAAGCCCCGCUCCAGGCCCCCGCCCUGCCCACAGCUGCCUUCCAUCCGGAGACGCCCUCCUGGGAUAGGGCCAGGGAGUCACCGCCCAGCAAGCAAUCCUGA